GCCUCAGUCACCACAUUUCCUGUUUGUAACUGAACAGAGUACACACGAAAGAUGUUAAGAAACAAAUGAGAGAAAAACUGAGGUAGAGACAAAGACAAGUUUUAUUGCCACACUUCUUUGAGAUAACAAAGCAACGUUACUUGGAAACAAAAGUUUGUGGGAGCAUUUUUAAUCAAUGUGUUUACCUUAUGGCUGCAUAAGGAUUUCUCUCAGAAAAGAAGCAUGUCAGGAAACCCUGAAUGCCAGUAUUAUGUCUGGGCAAUUAUAGCCUCCUUGGUGUUAGCUCUGGUUAUAUCACUGAUCUUCAAUGUUUCCCACUAUGUGGAAAAGAAGCGGCAAGGCAAAAUAUACAGAGAUUCUGAUUACUACAUCUCCGGGGAGGAUGAGUGUUAUAUUGAAGACACACCAAUUUAUGGUAACUUAGAUAAUGUGGUCCCAGAACAAAUGGAUGAAAACUGCUAUGAACAAAUGAAAGCCCGACCAGAGAGAUUUGUGAACGAACUGCAAGAAGCUACCCCACCUGCACUGGCAAUUGAUGAAUCACAGAUGUUUUACGCCUCACUGAGUCACAAUUGUGAGGGGAAGCCCAGAAAGCCCAGGAAACAAAAUAUUUCUGUAUCAGACAAGAAUGAAGAUGAGCUGUUACAUGGAGUGAACACCAGCCUUCCUGAGACUACCCUGGUGUACAGCCUCCCACCCGCGAGCCCGGCAAUUGAGGAAAACAUUCACGAUGAUCCCGUUAGACUGUUUGGAUUGAUUCGUGCUAAUAAAGAACCUGUGACUUAGCUGGAUAAUGAUUCAGCUCUUAUUGAAGAAGACUGUGAAAAACAACAA